ACACAGAGCUGCUGCCAGUCUGCUGGGAGGCAGGGCAGGUCUGCCAGUAUCCCGGCAUACUCCGAGAAAUUCGUCGUGGCCUGUUUGGCAGUAGUUUGAAAUUCUCUUGCUCGUGUUUGCUAGAAGUUAACAGUAAUUUUGUUUGUACAAGGAUGGCAGGAAUUUUAUUUGAGGAUAUCUUUGAUGUGAAGGAUAUUGACCCGGAAGGUGUAAAGUUUGACAGAGUUUCUCGCUUACACUGUGAAAGCGAAUCCUUUAAAAUGGACCUGAUUCUUGAUGUAAAUAUACAGAUUUACCCUGUUGAACUUGGUGACAAAUUUCGUCUUGUGAUAGCAAGUACUCUUUAUGAAGAUGGAACGCCAGAUGAUGGAGAGUAUAAUCCCACAGAUGACCGGCCAUCGAGGGCUGACCAAUUUGAGUAUGUGAUGUAUGGAAAGGUUUAUAGAAUAGAAGGUGAUGAGAGUUCGACUGAAGCAGCCACCAGACUAUCAGCCUAUGUAUCAUAUGGAGGACUACUGAUGAGGCUUCAAGGUGAUGCAAAUAACUUACAUGGCUUUGAAGUAGAUUCCAGAGUGUACCUGUUAAUGAAGAAACUUGCUUUUUAAGAUAUAUGGACAAUAAUGAUGGCAAUUCCAAUGCUUUAUCAUUUGGAAUCAAGUUUGUUUGUUGCUAUAUAAUCAACAAGCAUUUAUUGCUCUACAUUUCUAGUUUCCCCUGUUUUAAAGGAGAUUAUGUAAGAAAGUACCUAGCAAAGGAAAACCUUACCUCACUAUAUGGAACAAAAGAAUAUUUUAUAAGCUUGCUAUUAAAUGAAGAAGUAUCUAUAGUACAAAAUGGAUGUAAUGGUGAUUGAAUUUUUCAUUGCAAAUAAAAAUGUGCUUGUGUUCAAUGGUAAA